AUUCUACCGACCACUAUCACCACCAUUCAAUGUAUCAUUAUCAUUCAGUCCCCAGUCAGGAUCCAGCCAGUGCUCCUGUGUCUCCCUCACAAGCGGAAUCGCAGCAUGAUCUCUUCACGAAAGCAGCAUACAAAAAGACUGGCUCGCUUGGGCGUCAUCCCUGGGUCAUUCUGAGUCUCCCCUUUUCGAUUGCUCUCCUCAUCUCCGCAAGCGUCUACUAUCUCUCGAUUGCGCCUAUACAUCUCUCGCCCAGAGCCCAAGCCCUGCGCAAUCAUCGGCCAUUGCAGCAGCAGCAACAGGGGCAGAUGUCGAACCUUGGAGGCGAGAGAUGGACGCUAUUUGGACUAGGCUCUGCUGUCCCUCCGUCUUCGUCAUGGCAUUGGCUCCCACUUCAGCUGACAGGGGAAGAUGAGAAAAUGGCGGAUGAAGAGGCAGAGGACGGACAGAUCAUUGCCGACUGCAAGGUGACCGAGAUCGGUAUUGCCGUGAUCGAGGCUGACGAGCAACCCAGCGGUAUCAUAGACGCGACAUUUUAUGACAUUGAAAGUGAGACUGGCGACGACGAGCAGGAGGAGAAGAAGGAGGAAGAGGACGAUGGCGAAGAAGGCGAGGAGGAAGAGGAAGAAGGCGAGGAGGAAGAGGACGAAGAUGAGGGGGAUUACGAUGAUUAUGACGGCGAAUAUGGCUACAAGGACGCGGAGGAGGAGAAGGAAGACAGGGUAGCCAAAGUGUUCAAGCAGAUCGCCGACGAACUCGAAGAGCUCGCAGAAAUGACCCAGGGUGUCCAAACUAAAAUCCUUGACGCGUUCCCAAACGCCAUGGAAGCCGUCAUCGGUGCUCUAAAAUCCGUCACCCAUCUAUAUCCACGUUUCACCAAACGCAACACAGACGCGACCGUUGGCAACAACGACGAUGCCAGUCAUCCCUCGUAAAUUCCUGUCCCUUGACUAGGCGCAGAAGAACACGAGGAGAGCGGUCUAUAGCGUCCUUAAACCGGCGGCUACGCCAGCCAGACCAGCAGCAGCAGCAGUAAGACCCAGGAGAGCAAGCACAAGACUUUCCAAAAUCCUGAAAAAUAAAAAAAUAAACUAACCUGAACAGCAUCGGUAGCACCC